ACAAAGAGCUAGAGGCUGCUAAUUAAGAGUGGGUGGUUGUCAUGGAGGAUAUUCUUUUUACUAGAGUUCUAUCCCCUGGUGCCAUAACCACUGGUGUUCUUAGUGUCUCAAAUAGGUAUGUUGUCCCACGCAUGCCUACAAUUGAAGAGGGACAGAAUUCAGCAUUGAUGAGAGCAAGAGAUGCUAGUCAAGAAGGCGUCAUCCAUCCUUUCAUCUUCAGAAUGAGGACAACUGGACGCUAUGCGAAGCAAACUCUAACUGGUAUGAAGCAAUUCUUUGACCUUCAUGAAUUGCAAGCCGGGGAUCGAAUUACCAUCUAUGCUGUGGAAAAAGAGCUGAAGUUGUUUGGAAUAGUUAUUCGCCCUGGAGUUUAUUCAAUUGAUUUUGAGAAGGUAUAGUCUAAAUAGAAUUUUUGACUAGUUAGUAGCCUUCGACGACAAGGAUAUGCAACGAUAAUUUUCAACUUAUUUUAGUAUCAUUGCAUUAUUGCCAUAAUGCAAUGAAUUAGUAUCUGUACAUACCAUAGGCGAAUCUGUUACGUUCAAUCUUAUUCGUUUCAUUUGUAUUUUAGAAGUCUGGUUCUAGCUUAUUGAUGCUGUGAAUCAGUGGCUGGUAAUUGUUGCAUAAGGUUGUGAAUUAAAAGAAUGGAAGCUAUUGUUCUACACUUCUACUAGUGAAUGAAAUAUGAAGUACAUU